AUGACCCAGGAAUCCAGCCGGGCACUGCUAGAACGCCUGCAAGUUGAAGACCCCCUGAUUUACCUGUUGCGACGCAGCCAAAGCCGACUCGCAAAAUCCCGAGACUCCAGUGAUCCUAUGGUUACACGACCCCGGAUCAUCAACUGGCUCGUCCAGGUACCGGCCGGAUACUCGGAAGCCUCUGGCUGCUAUCAAGUUGCGGACCCGGAGCAGGCCGCCACCGCCUUUGACCAAAUUGUUCUUCUACCCGGCCCCCUUCAGGGAGUGCCGUACGGGACACCGGUCGCUGGUAAAUAUGGCCCCAGGGAUAUUCAGUUCUCGUGCCCUACGUGCCAGUUGUGGUUUCCUGACCUGGCCACUUUGAAACGGCACCACAGCCAGUAUCAUGAAGAAGCCCUGCCGAAUCCUCUGCUUCAGCUAGACGCUGCGGAGGUGCGCCGGCACAGUGUGGAUGGUAUGCCCGUCUACAGACACUACAAUAAGGAUUUCACCACGUGGUUCAAUCUGAAGCGACACAUUCGACAGGGUCAUCAGACCCGCCUCCUGCGCCAUCGGCCCCCCCCCAUUCCUCCGGUCACGCCGGCCCUAUAUCCAGAGGUGCCGUAUACCACUGCAGCUCCCACAGGUCGCCUCUUGACGGCAUCGUACCAGCGAGGCCCCAAGUCUGGCUGGUCUUUGCCCGACGCCCGGCCCGAGUUUGCUGCUUGGCUAGCACUUGCCAGGCCUCAUCCGAUCCCGCCCCUGCAGCUCUCACCAACAUCGAUGACCAGCGAGGCUACAGCCAUGGAUCUGGUCAACGAGGAGAGGAACGUCUUGGGGAAGCGUACUCUGCAAAUAGAUUUGGAGCCCACCCCGGCCAAGUUGCAGAACCCGGGAGGCAAGGGACCCCAGGGGAACAGGGGAGGGAUCACUCGCCAGCAGCAGCCACCAACGGGUCGAGGCGGUCGCCAGACGACCCCCUUCCAGGGGACAGGCAACGGCCCACAGCUCAUGGUGCCGCUUCUGCAGCAGGUUGCGGCCACUUGGCGCGAGCAGCGCCAGAAGAAUCAGGUGACCAGAUCGCUGAAACAGACACUUAUCCAGCACCACGCAGCGGAAGUGGUCACCAGAGUGACAGCAUUCGCGACGGACAAGGAGUCACAGACCAAGGCCCAGGAGUUGGGCUGGAUUAUUUCCGACCUGGCGGAGACACUCCCCCAGGACCAGAUUCUAGUGGACUCAAGGUGCCUCAAGACGUUGUUGAAAUACCCGGACCUCAUCCUGAAGUUCAGUGGCGGCCGCAACGCCAAGCCAGUUCCGACAUUAGAAACAGCGACUGUUGUGCUGGAACUCUCCAUGCAGCUGCCCGAGGCAGCGGAGGCGAUGGCGAUCUUUCGGAAGUGGUAUGCCACCUCGGCCCUCCUGCUCCUCUCUCUUCGUCUCAAGCCGGCCCGCCCGGAGCGGUCGCCGCUGAUCAAGGAGAUUCAGGCCCCGGAUGCCUGCCCGGGUGGGGCAUACUCCUACAGGAUUGGCCACGAAUGCAUCAUCAACAGGCACUUGCUGCGUCCUCUGCUGGAGGCGCAACUCCUGUGGGUGCCAUGGGGAUCUCGGCCCCCAGAGGGCG